AUGAGCACCUUCGAAACUGACGGCAGCUGGAGCGUGUCCUUCACCGGCGCGGGCUUCUUGGCCAUCUACCACGUGGGCGUGUGCCAGUGCCUGCGGGAGCGCGCCCCGCGCAUCCUCCAGGGCGCGCGCCGCUUGUACGGCUCCUCCUCGGGGGCGCUCAGCGCGCUGGCCUUCACCUGCGGCAAGUCUGUCGACUUCUGCUGUUUCCACCUCCUGGGCAUGGUCAAGGUCAUCCACCAACUCAGUCUGGGCAUCUUCCACCCGGCCUUCGCUCCCAUCGAGUUCAUCGCUAAGGAGCUGCACGCCACACUGCCGGCCAACGCUCACAUCUUGGCCUCUGGGAAGCUGGGCAUCUCGGUGACCCGCUGGUCUGAUGGUCAGAACGUCAUCUUUAGCGACUUCGCCACCCGUAAUGAGCUCAUCCAGGCCUUAGUCUGUACCACAUAUGUCCCCUUCUACUGUGGAGUGAUCCCCCCGGAGUUCAGAGGGGAGCGCUACGUCGAUGGUGGUCUGAGCAACAAUGUGCCCUUCGAGGACGCCAAGUCCACCAUCACCGUGUCCCCCUUCUGUGGGACAUAUGACAUCUGUCCCCAGAGUACCUCGGCCAGCUUUCUUGAGAUGAACCUAAGCAACACCAGCAUCCGGCUGUCCACCAGCAACUUCUCCAUGCUCAUGUGUAGCCUCUUCCCCCCGAGUCCCGAGACAUUGGCUGACCUUGGCAGACAAGGCUACCUGGAUGCCAUGAGAUUCCUGGAGAGACGAGGACUCACCAAGGAGCCAAUAUUGUGGGUUUUGGCAUUGAAGGAGCCUCCAGCCUCUGCUGAAGGAGCCCAGGAUGAGGGCUGUGACCACGACACGAAGGCAGAUCUGGUUUUCAACUGGACAGUACCCAACGUGUCGGUCAAGGAUGUGCCCAACUUUGAGAUGCUGACGCCGGAGAUGGAGGCUGCCCUGAGGAAGGCCUGUGUGAGGAAAUCCAGCGCCUGGGCCCGCUUCUGGCGCUCAGGCCCUGGCCAGGUGCUGACAUACCUACUGCUGCCCUGGACGCUGCCUCUGGAGUACGUCUACUUCCGGUCCAGACGGGUGAUGCUGUGGCUGCCCGACGCCCCGGCUGACCUGCGCUGGAUACAUGGCCUGCUGACCAGCUCAGCCCUCAAGCUGUACUGGAGGACAAAGGCCCAGCUCCUCGGGACUGCCAGCCCUCCACCCACCACGUCCCUGGCAGCCAAUCCCCUGGAUCCUAAACAAGCAACCCCGGAGGACUGA